CUGUAUAUAGAUAUAACUAGAUGCAAAAUGACAGCCGCCAUCUUAAAGCAGUAGGCUUUUUAGGACGGCUCUGUUGUAGAGAAGAACCUCGCGAACCUAAGUAACUUUUUAUCUAAAAUACUUCUAAAUCGGCAAAAUCUUGACUUGAAUCUUUCUUUAAAUGAAGAAACAGUUUUAUAAACUUUCAUAUGUCGAAAGUAGAGAGAAGGGAACUAAUGCAAUAAUGGGAGCAAUUUUAACAACUUUUAACAGUUGAUUCAGGGUAAAGGGUAAAUUAGGGUAAAGAAUUGGGCUCGGGCCAAUUGUACCAAAAACCUCCACAAAAAACUUCACAUAGUGUGGCCAAUGUUUUUUUUUUUUUUUUUUUUUUUUUUUUUUGAGGGGAAAAAAAAAAAAAGUAAUUAUCACCAAUUACUUUGCCAAGUAACUGAUUACUCUUACAUUCAGGUAAUUGAGUUAGUAACGCAAUUACUUUUUGGGAGAAGUAAUUUGUAACUAUAAUUAAUUACUUUUUUUCAGUAAGAUUAACAACACUGGUCAUGACAAUAAAUCUUGUGCUAAAUGGAAUAUGAAAUAUUAAAAAUGACUUUAUUCAGUACGACAGGGCAAAAUUACUGCAAUAUGAUCAAAGCUGGCAACUUCUUCCUAUCCCGAAUGGUAUUUUUUUGCCACUGGAGUUAGUCCGACUUUUGUCAUUUCCCUGCCCCGGCUUCGGAGACAGAGGAAAGAGCAUCUUUUUGCUGUGUCCAUGGCAGCGCUCGUCGACGGGAAUGAUUGCCAAAAACAGCCCAUUCUCGGUGGACAAACCGGCCGACAUCGGAGCGGGGUGCUGCUCGUGGCCAAGCCGAUGAAAGCGCAUUCUCGGCGAGUACGCGACUAGGACCGAGUGGACUGGAUCGGCCAGCCAAACAGGCUGACGUCGGAGCCGGGUGCUGCUCGUUGCCAAGCCAAGAAAAGCGCAUUCUCGCCGGGCACGCCUUUAUCGGCCAGCGACCAUGGUAUGGGACAAACCGCUGGUCGUUGGCCGUGUUGCCUUCUCGGAGGACAGGGAGUAUUUUCAGUUCACCCACAACAUGCAAGCCACCUCCUCAUUAAAACGUGUGCCAUGAUCCCAGUAUUUGACCUAAAACAUGUAGCUUACUCAGCUCAACAUGGUCGCACUGUUGUCGGACUUGUUUUGGCCAUUAUCAGUGGUGAACGGGAACUUUUUGAAGCCCAAUCCUGGUGCAGCAACAAAAGCCUGCAGCACACUGUGCUGGCGUGAUGUGAAAAAUAAACAAUCCGCAAAAUCAGCUGAAUUCGCAGUCAUUCUGCAUACUGUAGUAUUGGCUGUAUAUUGAAGAUGUUCAUCCUGCUGACGUCACAUUCGCAUUAUUCGUAAAUCUAGUAAAUCAUCUAUUUUCAUGACCCGGGAUUAAAAAAAAUUUGAAUUAAUAUAUCGAUCGCCUACACACGCAUCCCAGUGGUCCAUUUCAUUCAGGACCAUAAAAUAUCGCGUGAAAUAUGAACUAAACAUGCUUUUUGCCGUCAUAUGCACUUUUAAAGAAUGUCUUCAUUAAUACACCGUUAAUUUGUGCUUGAAUUCCAUUCACAUUUUUAUUUAGAUUUACAUUUACAGUUUAAACACAAAACCCCCCCCCAAGUGACUGCUUGUUUCAUAAAACUUGCAAGUCUAGUUACCGCUAUAUAGAUGUUUCCGUGUUUCACGUUCUCCUGGCACUAUACUUAAAUCCAUAUUUGUAAUAUUGUGAUAUUUACUAUAUGCCUGUUUCAUCUAGCGUGAAUGUAUCUCUUUGCACAUCGGCCAAGCUGGAGUACAGAUGGGCAAUGCAUGCUGGGAGCUUUACUGCCUGGAACAUGGCAUCGAGCCAGAUGGACAAAUGCCUACUAGAGGAGAUGACCUGUGCAAUACUUUCUUUCGUGAGACUAGAACUGGCAAGCAUGUUCCUAGGGUUCUCUUUGUUGACCUGGAGCCCACUGUCAUUGAUGAGGUUCGUACAGGUACCUAUCGUCAGCUGUUCUAUCCAGAGCAGAUGAUUACAGGCAAGGAGGAUGCUGCCAAUAACUACGCCCGUGGUCACUAUACCAUUGGCAAGGAGAUUAUUGAUCUGGUUCUAGAUGGAACUCGCAAAUUGGCUGACCAAUGUACUGACCUUCAAGGAUUUCUCAUCUUCCACUCCUUUGGUGGUGGUACCGGCUCUGGUUUCACAUCCCUCCUCAUGGAGCGACUUUCUGUUGAUUAUGGAAAGAAAUCAAAACUUCAGUUUGCUGUCUAUCCAUCCCCUCAGGUGUCCACAGCUGUGGUAGAGCCUUAUAACUCCAUUUUGACAACUCACACCACUCUUGAGCACUUUGACUGCACUUUCAUGGUGGACAACGAAGCAAUCUAUGACAUCUGCCGCAGGAACCUCGACAUUGAAAGGCCAACCUACACUAACUUAAACAGACUCAUUGGCCAGAUCGUGUCUUCCAUAACAGUCUCACUUCGCUUUAAUGGAGCCCUGAAUGUUGACAUAACUGAGUUCCAGACCAAUUUGGUGCCCUAUCCUCGUAUCCAUUUUCCUCUGGCCACAUACGCCCCAGUCAUCUCUGCAGAGAAAGCCUACCAUGAACAGCUGUCUGUGGCCGACAUCACCAAUGCCUGCUUCGAGCCAGACAACCAGAUGGUCAAAUGCGAUCCUCGUUAUGGAAAAUAUAUGGCUUGUUGUGUGCUGUUGUUUGUUGGUGAUGUGGUUCCUAAAGAUGUCAACUCUGCCAUUGCUGCUCUGAAGUCCAAACGCACCAUACAGUUUGUUGAUUGGUGCCCUACUGGUUUCAAAGUAGGCAUCAGCUUGCGACCUCCAACAGUGGUUCCUGGAGGAGAUCUGGCUAAGGUGCAGAGGGCUGUAUGUAUGUUAAGCAACACCACAGCCUUUGGUGAGGCAUGGGCCCGUUUGGACCGUAAAUUUGAUCUGAUGUACGCUAAGAAAGCCUUUGUGCACUGGUAUGUGGAAGAGGGAAUGGAGGAAGGAGAAUUCUCAGAGGCCAGAGAGGAUAUGGCAGCCUUGGAGAAGGAUUACGAAGAGGUUGGUACUGACAGCAUUAGGGAUGAGGAUGAAUCGGGAGAGGAGUACUGAGGAGGCUGAUCACCCAGGCCUAAGUAAGUUAUCAGUAACGUGACAUGUUCUACCUGUGGUAGUAAUUGUUUGGCGUUAAUGAACACGUCCAAACUGCAUUUUUAGUGGCAGUUGGGAAACUUAAAAUAAUCAGAUCUUUUCUGUUCUAUCCAGGGAUAAGGGAUUAUUUAUUCAUUUAUUCAUUCAUUUUCCAUGCCGCUUUUCCUCACGAGGGUCGCGGAGGUGCUGGAGCCUAUCCUAGCUAACCAAGGCCAGUAGGUAGGGUGCACCCUGAACUGGUAGCCAGCCAAUCGCAGGGCACAAGGAGACAUAAAACCAUUCACGGACAUAGUCAUACCUACGGACAAUUUUUUAGAGUGUUCAAUCAGCCUACCACACUUGUUUUUGGGAGAAAAACUCACACAGGCUCAGGGGGAACAUGCAAACUCCACACAGGAAGGCUGAAGCCUGGGAUUUGAACCCUUGAUCUCAGAACUGUGAGGCUGACGUGCUAACCACUCAGCCAGCGUGCUUUAUUUAUUUCUUUGUCAUUUUGUCUAUUACUCAACAACAAUUAUCUGUUGCAUGUUCAUGUUCCCCUGCAAACCAAUAGUUGUAUGUUAUAUAAGGUUCUAUACUGUAAUGCAUUCAUUACAAAUUUCCCAAAGCCACUUUUACAUAAACUCUUGAUGGUUUACUCUUGCUUAUUUCAACGAGUCGCGUUUCUUUACAGGAUUAUAAUUUAUGAAUAUUGAAAUAAAAUGAAACCUGUUUGACAUAGAGUAUCCGGUGUAUCCCUCCCUUGAUUUGUGUAAUUUCUUCAGUUUUAGUUGUAUAAAUCAUGUUCCUCUCUAAAAUAGUAUUUAUUGAUUUUAUGUAAAAUAGGAUUUUUAAGACUAGCAGAAGAGCGCCACCUGCUGAAAGUAUACAGAAACGACAACCCAGUCCUGGAGCACGUGCUGUGCUUUAACAUUUUCCAGAAUUUAUCCACAUAUCACUGGAUUUGAGACAAAAUUUAGGAUGAAAACUAGUGUUCAUGCCAUUGACUUAUUCUAUCAUUUGGGAUACACACUACCGUUCAAAAGUUUGGGGGCCUCAAACUUUUGAACUAUAGUGCAUCAUGGGAUAGUGCGCACAGGCCCGCGCAAGUGGAUAGUGAGGGGAAUAGGAAAGUGCACCUACACCGGUUCAAAAGUUUGGGGUCAAAGCGACCCCGAAAUUUUGAACGGUAGUGUAUAUAGAUAUAUGGCGGAAAACACUCAGGUGACUUGAAGUUCCAUUCUGAGACCCCCAAUUUGGCCAAAUUUCAAAAUUGUCCUCUAUGCAUGUGCGAUACAUCAUUGGAAAGCUUAAAAUCUCAAUUUUCUGGCAGAAGAACUGGAGGGCAUUAAAAAAAAAAAAAAAAAAAAAAAACCCGCAAAACCCUAGUGAGAGCACACAAGAGCAUGAUUAAAGACACCGUGAUUUUAACGAGAUAUUGUCGCGUACUCACCUCUUUUCGAUCCAAAAACUCCAUGUAGCCUGUAUCACCGAGUUUCAAGACACAGCUGUGAAUGGCCUCAUCCGGAUUUUGGGGGGAUUUUGUGAGUGAGAUAUGGUAAUAUAACAAGUUUCGCAUGAGGAAAUCGCAGACAUCAAGGAGUGGUCGAGAUUUUCAUAUAUUAUUAUUAGGGCUGUCAAAAUUAUCGCGUUAACGGGCGUUAAUUAAUUUUUUAAAUUAAUCACGUUAAAAUAUUUGACGCAAUUAACGCAGAUGUCCCGCUCAGACAGAUUUAAAUGACAGUACACUGAAACGCUCACUUGUUGUUAUGGAGUUUUGCCGCCCUCUGCUGGCGCUUGGGUGAAUGACCAUCUCGCAUAUUGCCUCAAACAGAUUACAUCAUAUGAGGCCGUUUAUGGACAUUAAGAGUGAAGAGAAUGCCACUGGCCGCUUAGGGGCAGCGCCGUUCCAUACUCAUGUUAAUUCUUCUAAACGUGGGAAAAUUAGUAGUUGUGAGACGUUUAUGCUGUAUUCACAAUGCAAUGCAAAUUGCUAUUUGUACUCCACACAUAUUUCGGUAAGUUUUCUUUCUUUUAGUGGCAAUUAUGUGUCUCUUGUUGUAUUUUGGGUAAGAUAUGUACAAAUAUAUGUUAUACCGUAGAGGCGAGUGGACACAGGCAUUCUUUGGACCGCGCCGUUUAUUGGCAACUC